UUCACUUGGAUAAGGAGACAUAACAACAGCAGCUCUAUUUUCUCCGCCCACACUUUGUAAAUUUAGUUGAUUGAGUGAAAAAUACCAAAAUGAUACAAUUGAACUCUACCUCUCAAGUGUUUAAAUGAAAUAAGAUUUAGUUGAGAUAUUGAAGCGAAAGAUCGUACACGACGACACGUAUAUGAUGAGUUUGGCCUUAAAUUAAACUCAGUAUCAUUUAAUCCCGUCUGUCAAACUCAAAAAUUCACUUGGAUUAGGAGAUGACAUAACAACAGCAGCUCUAUUCCCUCCGCCCACAAACAAAACCCAAUUGCUAUUUCCUAAUUUUUUGUGUAUUUGCUUUUCAAAUUUCUAUCUUUUUCGCAACUGGGUUUUAGGGGUUUUAUUUCCAAUUCCGUUUCUCAGCUAAAUAACAAGGUAGUUAAUUGUUCAUGUAAUUGAACUAGAGUCUGUUUAUAUUGCAGAUACUUUUGCCAGGUUAACUUGUGUCAGUCUCUAUUGUACUUGUUGGAAAUGCCUCUUGGUCUUGUAUUCUCAUCAGUUUCCCCUUUCUAUGGUAACCUACACAAUGUGAACCACAUAACUAAACCCCAUUUGAACCCUUAUGUGAAUGUUCACGGCAAAAUCUCUAAUUCUCUUAAGAACCCCUCAAAGUUUGUAGUCAGAAACCAGAAAAGUAAUAAUAAUCUUGUAGUGGAAAGCGGCUAUCCUGAUUUUGAUUGGGAACAAGAAGAAGAAGAUGAUGAUGAGGGGUCGCCGUGGGAAGGCGCAGUUGUGUACAAAAGAAAUUCUUUGGUUACACAUUUGGAGUAUUGCACCACUUUAGAAAGGCUGGGGUUGGGCAAGCUCUCCACUAAGGUUUCAAGGUCUCGGGCUUCGGUAAUGGGACUUAGGGUAACUAAAGAUGUCAAAGAUUAUCCUGAUGGAACUCCUGUAUUGAUUUCCCUUGAUGUCACGAGGAGGAAGUACAAGUUGAGACUUGACGGAAUCAUCAGGACAGUCAUCGCACUUGCUUGCAACAGGUGCGGCGAACCAGCUGCAGAGAGUAUCUUUUCAAACUUUUCAUUCCUGUUGAGUGAAGAACCUAUUAAGGAACCAGAGACCCUGGACAUGGGCGUAAUGUUUGGAGAGGACAAAUUCAAAAGUUUUGGCAACGUCGAAGAGGAAAUGAAGGACGAUGAUGCUUGGAUCGAUUUAGAAGACCAGCUGUAUUUUCCUCCUGAAGAAAAAGUCAUCGACAUUUCAAAACAAAUUAGAGACCUGGUGCACAUUGAAAUCACCAUUAAUGCUGUGUGUGAUCCCAAGUGCAAAGGUUUGUGCCUAAAAUGUGGUGCUAAUCUUAACGUCAAUAGCUGUAGUUGUCAUAUGCAAAAGGUAGAGGAGAAAGGUUAUGGUCCUCUUGGAGGUCUGAAGAAGCAAAUGCAACAAACAUGAUCUUUAGUCAUUCCGACAUUUUGUGUGCAAUAUAGUGGUUUUUUAGUAGUUUAUAAGCUAAAAUGCAAGGCCUUUCAUUUUUACUUGUGCUUGAUGCAUUUUUUGCCAACAAAAUUCAUCAUUCACAUAACUUCUGGAAGAGUUAAAAGAACCAGAAUGCGAAAAGAUUAAAAAACGUGUGUAGGUUGAAUGUAUGUGUGGAGGUUGAAUGUAUGUUGUACUUCUCCGCAGUUUUCUAUACUGGUUCUCAUGUGAUCUUGUUCA